AUGGCUAAAACAUCUAAAACCGUUCCUCAGGGAAAAAAAGCCUCCUCAUCAUCGCGUCCGGCCAGUGGUAGAACGGUGGUGCCACCUCGUAUCGAAGAGUGCAUUCCCGGGCCGUGCGAGCUAUCUUCCGAUUUUAAAAUCGAUAAGCCUGCAUCAGUUCCAGGCCGAUGUGAACCCAUGUCUCGAUACAUCUGUUUGAUAACUGAAUAUGAACUUGAGCAGGUGAAAAAGGAUUGUGACUCUUGGCCAGAUCUACCCUUCCUUUUGGCAUAUCGUCAAAUUGCUCAGCUCCCUUUUGAUGAUGCAGUUGCCCCUUGGUUCCCUGGUGUGAUUCCGGACCUUGCAGGCCUCAGAGACGAUGUUGCUAUGCGGCCGCCCCCGCCCAGUGAAGAGGAAGUCCCAAAGCCAACCAAGGAGAAGAAAAGGAAAAGGGCUUCACCUGCAAGUUACCCGAAGCCCAUGAAAAGUAAGGCUCGAAAGCCUAGGGCCAAUCCUGCGGCCCUAUCUGCAGAAGCGGUCCAACACCUUCGUAAUGACGAGGAAGAGGGAGAAGAUGAGGACUGCCUGUUGGUAGCUCGGAAAAGAGGAAGCACCGAGGCUUCAAAAUCUGCCGAACCGGUGAUGGCUGAUAUGGUUCAUUCUCGAACAGAAGAAAUAUCGGAGGGGGGCUCGAGCAGAGUCCCCGAGCCAUCGGGUGGCAAAAGUACGUCUCAUCCGGGAGGUCAUUUGGCGGGCGAGCUCGAGGAGCCUAGUUCCGAGGCCCUCCAAAGAAAAGAUAGUAUCCCAAGUGAAUCACGUGGGAUAAUUAAUAUAGAUGACUCGCCGAUGGGCCCUGUGUUCUCCGAAGGGAAAUUCCGAGAAGCCCAAGCCAUGAGGGUCGAAGAUGACCCUGGCCCUAACGCCUUGUUUAUCUUUGAUGAGGCUCAGAGGCUUCUCAAACAGGCCGUGGCGCUUCAUCGACAAGCAUUUUCCAAAUCUCAAGCCGAGCUUGCCCGAUGCGAAUCCGAACUCAAGAAGCUGGUGGAAGAGAGGGAUAUCUUUAAACGCCUCUAUGUACAGAAAGAGGAGGAGGUCAGGGAUCUCCGAGUUGAAUUGACGAAGGCUCGUCAACAACAGACUGAGGUCAUUGAAAAGCUUCGAGAAGAGCUCAAGGGGAAAAAGGCCGAGACCUUGGGGUGGAAGCAACACAUGGAUCGUCUCGCCUCGGAGAAAGAUACACUUUGGGACCAGCUGACUUCGAUCGAACGCCAGCUUCAAAAUGCAAAGAGGGAAAUCUUGGCCCAGAACCGCAAGAUUGAGGAGCUCGAAGCUAAAUCAGUCGCUGAGCUUGCGAAGGCCAAAUCUGAGGCAGAGGCAUUUGUGGCCUCUUAUCGAGCUGACGCCGAGGCUACUAAUAUUCGGGCACAAGAAAUCUCCAUCGCUGCUGAAGUAAAAACUUUGGAGGACGAGGCUGCCGCUUUACUUUCUGAUGAUGAAGAUUCUACCAGUGGCUCCGAGAGCGGAGGAUAUGAGGAUGAAGUCCCCGAGGAGGAGAUUCCCAAAGAUGUGGCUCUCAAAGAUCCCGAGGAUGCGGUUCCCGAGGACGUGGCUCCCAAAGUAGAUUAG